GAGAGAGACCUGGCUUCCUCUCACACUCCACAGUAUGUGCUCACCGGUCUGCUGCAUUACUCUACAAUGCAAUUUUUCUGUCGUCCUCAACUCCCUCCCUCUCUUCUCCGCUCUAUCUCUCUGUAAGCUCUCCAGUCGCUCUCGCUGCCUCACAGCGUUCUGCACUGCCACAGCGCAUCUUUCUCUCCCCUCAGCUCCACUCUCUCCCCUGUGAGGAUGACAUCCCCGAAUUUGAUGAACCAGCGAAGCUCUCAUUCUGGCUGGUGGCUUCCGAGGGAAACCCCAAAUGAACGGGCUUACUGGACGAGGUUGUGCCGUGUCUAAGGAGCUUUGUAGAAAUCAGCUGUAGCCAUCUCUGAAUUAGUGACUACAUCCAUCAACUCUCUAGAUAAGACCACCUCCUUUGGAAAACCUCAUUAAAACACAAAACUGACAGAAUUGCUGGACACAUGUCACAGGUAUUACUCUACACAUGGUUGAGCAGGAAAUCUCACUGGUCCAGAGGAAGAUGUCUGACCUUGAGUCAGUGCUGCAGCAGAAGGAUAUAGAGUUGAAGGCCUCAGAGACCCAGAGGACCAUCCUGGAACAGGAUCUGGCAACCUACAUCACAGAAUGCAGUAGUCUAAAGCGCAGUUUGGAGCAGGCUCGUAUGGAGGUGUCACAGGAGGACGAUAAAGCACUGCAGCUCCUCCAUGACAUCCGGGAGCAGAGCAACAAGCUGCAAGAGAUUAAAGAGCAGGAAUAUCAUGCCCAGCUGGAGGAGAUGCGAGUGUCCAUCAGACAACUGGAGGAGGACCUGUCUGCUGCUCGUCGCCGUAGCGACUUGUAUGAGGCUGAGCUGAAAGAGUCUCGGCAGACCAGCGAGGAACUGAAGAGGAAGGCUGCCGAGUACCAGCAUAGGAUGCAGAAGGUCUACAUUGCCAAAGAGCAAGGUAAAGCAGAAGCAGAUGACCUGAUGACCAAGUUGGAGAAGACCAAUGCUGAGCAGCAGACAAAGAUCCAGGAUCUUCAAGAGAAGCUUAGCAAGUCGUUAAAGGCCAGUGCUGAAGCUACAGAACUCCUUCAUAGUAUGAAAGUGGCCAAAGAGCGCAUGGAGCGAGAUCUGGAGAGGCUACAGAACAAGGAGGACUCCAGUGACAGCCUGCGGAGACGACUCCGUGAGACUGAAGAUGGGAGGAAGACUCUGGAGAACCAGGUGAAAAGGCUGGAGAUUGUCGAGCGUCGCGAGACUAAACUGAAGGAUGAGGUGCAGAGCAAGGCCCAACAGAUUCAGCAGAUGGCAGAUAAGAUUUUGGCGCUGGAGGAGAAUCUGCGAGAGACCCAAUCCACAGCCCAGCGGUUAGAGACUCAUCUGAAGCAGAAGGAGAAGCUCUAUGAAGACAAGAUAAAGGUGUUGGAGGCCCAGAUGAAGGCGGACAUGGCUGAUAAGGAGAUGCUGGAGUCCAGUCAGAGCAAAUAUGAGGAGGAGGUGCAGGAGAAGUGCAGCAUCAUCAGCGAACAGAAGGCGACCAUAAAUGCUAUGGACUCAAAGAUGAACAACCUGGAGCAGAGAAUUGCUGAGCUAUCUGAGGCCAACAAACUGGCAGCUAACAGCAGUAUCUACACCCAGAAAAACAUGAAAGCCCAGGAGGAGAUGAUCUCAGAGCUUCGCCAGCAGAAGUUCUACUUGGAGUCUCAGGCUGGGAAGUUGGAGGCCCAAAAUGCCAAACUGGAGGAGCACCUAGAGAAAAUGAGUCAGCAGGAGCAAAGCAAUAAGAGCCGUGUGCUGGAGCUGGAAACUAGGCUCAGAGAGAUUGGUCUGGAGAAUGAGGAACAGAAGCUGGAGAUUAAGCGUCAGGUGACCGAGCUGACACUGUCGCUGCAGGAGCGCGAAUCCCAGAUCAGCAACCUGCAGGCAGCCCGCCACGCUCUGGAGAGCCAACUACAGCAGGCCAAGUCUGAGCUGGAGGACACCACUGCAGAGGCUGAGGAGGAGAUCACUGUGCUCAGAGCACACAGAGACGAGAUACAACGGAAGUUUGAUGCCUUGAGAGACAGCUGUGCGGUGAUCACAGAUCUGGAGGAGCAGCUGACCACACUGACUCAGGAGAACGCCGAGCUGAACCGACAGAACUUCUACCUGUCCAAGCAGCUGGAUGAGGCCUCUGAUGAAAGAGAAGACCGGCUACAGCUCAGCCAGGAUGUGGACAGGCUGCGUCGGGAGGUGGCCGACCGUGAAAUGCACCUUAACAACCAGAAACAGAACCUUGAGACACUGAAGACCACGUGCACCAUGCUGGAGGAGCAGGUCCUGGAGCUGGAGACACUGAACGACGAGCUGCUGGAGAAGGAGAGACAGUGGGAAGCCUGGAGGACAACACUGGAGGAGGAGAAGAGCCAGGCUGACAGGAGGACCAGAGAGAUCCAGAGACUGCUGGACACGGAGAAACAGAACAGGCUUCGUGCAGAGCAGCGCAGCUCUGAGUCUCGCCAGGCUGUGGAACAGGCAGUUAAGGAGCACAAAUCUGAGAUCCUGGCCCUGCAGCAGGCCCUCAAAGACCAGAAACUCAAAGCCGAGAGCCUCGCCGACACUUUGAAUGAUCUGGAGAAGAAGCAUGCCAUGCUGGAGAUGAACGCCCGCAGUUUGCAGCAAAAGCUUGAGAGUGAGAGGGAUCUGAAGCAGAGGCUGCUGGAGGAGCAAGAGAAACUGCAGCAGCAGAUGGAUGCCCAGAAGACCCACAUCUUCCGUCUGACCCAGGGACUGCAAGACGCUCUGGACCAGACUGACCUGCUGAAGACUGAAAGGACUGACCUGGAAUACCAGCUGGAGAACAUCCAGCUCCACCUGCAGGCUGUGUACUCCCAUGAGAAGGUGAAAAUGGAGGGGACCAUCACCCAGCAGACCAAGCUCAUAGACUUCCUCCAGUCGCAGGCACAUGGUGGCUCCAAGAAGAAAAAGGGUCUGUUUGGGCGUCGUCGAGAGGACCUUUUGGCUGCCAUGGCUGCCCAGGCCCAGGCACAGGGUCAGGUUCAGGGCCAGGGUCAAGGUCAGGGUCAGGGUCAAGGCCAGGUUUCCCCUGUGCCCCCCAUCCAGCCCGUGCCUCUGCAGUACAGCGACAUGAAGAUAGCUCUGGACAAAGAGCGUGCUCGCUGCUCUGAGCUGGAAGACUCUCUGCAGAAGAUGAGAGCGGAGCUGCGAUCUCUGAGAGAGGAAGCGCUCCAGUAUAAAGAUCAUGGUAACGCUCCAAACCCGGCCACAGCACGGCAGCAGAUGAUUAUGUCUGCCAUGGUGAAGUCUCCUGAGCACCAGCAGGGCCCGACCAACCUGGCACCCUCCAACUCUGGACGCAGGAAGGAGACUGCAACGCCUGAGGAGAGAAGGAGGGUCACUUUUGAAAAGUAUAGUCGUCGUUUGAAGGACAGUCAGAGAGACAGAGAGAGGGAGAGAGAGAGGGUGGUGCACCACAACACCCCGCACCGCUUCACAGUGGGACUCAACAUGAGAGCUGCCAAGUGUACCGUGUGCCUGGAUACAGUGCACUUUGGUCGCCAAGCUGCUACCUGUCUUGAAUGUCACGCUUUGUGCCACCCAAAAUGCUCCCCCUGCCUUCCAGCCACGUGUGGCAUGUCCAGCGACUGCUCCCUGCAUCUGUCUGAGGGCCUGUGUCGGGACAAAGGUAGCUCCGCAGGCCAACAGCUGAAAGAAGCCAGCGGACACAUGCACCUGGAGGGCUGGAUGAAACAGCCCAGGAAUGGGAAGCGAGGCCAGGGCUGGGAGAGAAAGUAUGUGGUCCUGGAUGGGACUAAAGUGUCCAUCUACGAGAUAGAGCCCAGAGAAGAAUCAGUGAAGCCACUGGAAGAGUUUGACUUGUGUUUGUCAGAUGGAGAGGUGGUUGUUCAUGGAGCAGUAGGGGCAUCUGAGCUAACCAACACCGCCAAGUCAGAUGUUUCCUAUGUCCUGAAGCUGGAGUCCCGCUGCCACGCCCCCUGCUGGCCUGGACAGUCAAUUUACUUCAUGGCGCCCAGUUUCCCAGACAAACAGCGCUGGGUGGCGGUCAUGGAGUCCGUGGUGGCCGCGGGCCGAGCUUCACGGGAGAAGGCCGAGGCCGACGCAAAGCUGCUAGGAAACUCUCUCCUAAAGCUGGAGGGAGAUGAUAGGCUGGAUAUAAACUGCACCCUCCCUCUCACAGAUCAGAUAGUUCUGGUGGGCUCUGAAGAGGGUCUGUACGCCCUGAAUGUCAUCAAGAACUCUCUGACUCACAUCCCCGGCCUGGGAUCAGUCUUUCAGAUCCACAUCGUCAAAGAGCAGGAGAAACUGCUGAUGAUUGUAGGAGACGAGAGGGCGUUGUGUCUGGUGGAGAUCAAGAGGGUGAAGCAGUCUCUGGCCCAGUCCCACCUGCCCAGCCAGUCUGAACUGGCUCCCUACAUCUUUGAGACGGUGAAGGGCUGCCAUCUGUUUGCUGCUGGGAGAAUAGACAAUGGGCCUUGUAUAUGCGCUGCGAUGCCCAACAAGAUAACCAUUCUGCGCUACAACGACAGCCUCAACAAAUACUGCAUUCGUAAGGAGAUUGAAACUCUGGAGCCCUGCAGCUGCGUCCACCUGACCAGCUACAGCAUCAUCAUCGGCACCAACAAGUUCUACGAGAUUGAGAUGAAACAGUUUGUGCUCGAGGAGUUCCUGGACAAGAACGACGCGUCGCUGGCCUCGGCGGUGUUUGCGGCCUCGUCCCACAGUUUCCCCAUCGCCAUCAUGCAGGUGGCCAGCAGCAUGCAGAAGGAGGAGUACCUGCUGUGUUUUCACGAGUUUGGAGUGUUUGUGGACACGUAUGGACGAAGAAGCCGCACUGAGGACAUUAAGUGGAGCCGCCUGCCUUUGUCUUUUGCCUACAGAGAGCCCUACCUGUUUGUCACCUACUUCAACUCCCUGGACGUCAUCGAGGUCCAGGGACACGCUUCUCUGGGUCCUACAGUGCUGGCCCACCUGGACAUCCCCAACCCUCGCUACCUGGGCCCAGCCAUCUCCUCCGGGGCCAUUUACCUGGCUUCCUCCUACCAGAACAAACUGCGGGUCAUCUGCUGUAAGGGAAGUCUGAUCAGAGAGUCUGGAGAGCUGCAGAGGACCGGCUCCAGCAGAGGUAGUCCCAGUAAGCGAGGCCCGCCCACCUACACAGAGCACAUCUCCAAGCGUUUGUCCUCGGGCCCUGGCAGCCAUGACGGUCUGCACCGGGAGCCCAGCACCCCACACCGUUACCGGGAGGGCCGCACCGAGUUCAGACGGGACAAGUCUCCUGCCCGACCGCUGGACAGGGAGAAGUCGCCCGGCAGGGUGCUUGACAGUCGCAGGGAAAGGUCUCCUGGGAGAUUCGGGGACAGCACCCGACUUCAUGCUGGGUCUGUGCGAACACAGCUCGCCCCUGUUAACAAGGUAUGGGAUCAGUCAUCAGUGUGAAUCCAGCUCAGCGCCGCUCCUGACUGGAGGUUGAAGAGAAACUAAGGGGGAAACCCUUGAUCCACUUUUGAGUGCAAGCACACACACAAACACACACUCCACACGCCCCAUUGCCUGUACAUAGUGCGGUCUCAGUUCCUCGCUCAACAACACGUAAACCUGCACUGGGAGACGUCUCCCCGCGACAAUCCUCUUUUCUGACUCGUGCUUUCACAGGAGAAAUCCCACAGUAGAUGUGAUGGCAGGGAACCUUCGCUGAUCUACAGAUCAAGAGAAUCUACUUUCUAACAUAUACUCAAAGUUGUAAAUAUUGCUGUCUGAGUUUUUAUAGAUAAAAGGGAAUAGUCGGCCGGUAAAGCCAUGUCUAUUUUUUUUAAAAAUGAGUUUCUAAAGAUGUUGCAGGGAGAUUAAUAUUGUUGUUGGUUAGGAAAUACAGUAUCAACAUUUCAUUAGAAUCUGAUAUAUCAUGUUCUCUGAUCAGAGAAUCAAACCAACAUUUAAUCACGGACAUAAAUGAUGAUGAUGAGAAAGAGUUCUGAUGAGGCAACACUUUGCACAUGAGAUUGGAUUUGAACAGGAGUUAAAAGCUCGUCCUUUGUUACAUGACCAGUCUUCUUUGGAUCAAAUGUAUGGUCCUCUUGACUAAAUAGCCUUUGAUAUAUAAUUGCAUCCGAUUGCUUUAUUGACAGUCAUCGUCCGGCCAUACUUUGUAAAACAAUUGUUAAGCAACGUUUUGCUCCAAGUGUUCCUUGUGUUGUUUUUAAGCAAACCUAAGAUCAAGAAACACGCAGCUCUGCCUCUGAUGCCGGCCUCAGCUUGCUCUUAGUCCGCUGCUGCUGAUUAUGGUACAGAUGUCCUGUGUCUGUGCAGUGCUAUUGAGUCUAAUAAUCGUCAGGGGUCGUCACUUUCUAGUAUUGUUUCUAUAGAGCCAGUAAGACCACCUCCAUUGGUCACAUCGGUGAGCAUGACUAACUUAGAGCAGCACUUGUUGCUUUAUGAUCUUGAUUCGCUCUCUUGGUUGUUCUUUUCUGUCACGUAUUCACUUGAAUUUGCAUUCAAUAAGUAGACAUUGAUGUUAGACAGUAACUUAAGAUUUUCUUGAUUUUUAGAGAUGUAUACCAGUACACACAUUAAACAUGACUGAAGUGUU